AUGGAACCUUUUCAACAGGUCAGGACAAUUAACCAGUAUAGAAGAAGGUUGGGCAUGUGCUUAGCCAAUGCCAACUGUAAUCGUAAAAUCUGGUAUUUUGUGGCUGGUAGUAUAGAAGUAGAAGUUCUGAUGGAUUCCCCUCAGCAUAUUACUUUGAAGCUGUUUUUACAAGAUUUGAAUCAGUAUCUUAUUACUACUUUAGUAUAUGCUAAAUGUAGUGCUUCUGAUAGGAUAGAGUUAUGGGAGGAUAUAUAUCAUCUCUCCAAUACCUUAUCUUGUUCCUGGUUAAUAGGAGGAGAUUUUACUGUGGUGUUGAAUGAUGAAGAAAAGAUAGGGGGUAAUCCUAUUCAACCCCAGGAUAUAGAAGACUUUGCUUUUUGCAUAAACUCAUGUGAGCUUGAAGAGGUAAAUUUUAAGGGUAGUCCCUUCACUUGGUGGAAUGGUAGAGCAGAUGCAGCAUGUAUUUUUGAGAGAUUGGAUAGGAUGUUGGUGAAUUCAUUGCUUCUAGAUAACUUUGGACACAUUGAAGUGGAACAUCUUGCAAGAACUGAUUCAGAUCAUGCUCCACUUAUGAGUACCUAUGGGGACAAGCAUCAAAAUCUGGUUAGACCUUUUAAAUUUCUAUCAUUCUUGAUAGAACAUGCAACUUUCCUAGAUACAGUCAGGCAGAAUUGGUCCAUUUGGGAGCAUGAUGAUCAUUUCAUAAACUUCAAAAGCAAGAUGAAAAAGCUAAAAGGAGUGUUAUCCAAAUGGAGUAGGGAAGUGUUUGGUGAUAUAUUCAAGCAGUUGAUCAUAAGGGAGGAAAUAGUGAGGUUAAAGGAACAAUUGUUUGAACAAAAUCCAAGCCAAGUAAAUAGAGUGAUUUUGCAGAAAGCUCUGGCUGAGACUAAAAGAUAUUUGCAUUAUGAAGAGGAGUACUGGAGACAAAAAUCAGGUCUGGAUUGGUUUGUAGAUGGAGACAACAAUACUAGAUUUUUCCAUAAUCUUGUAAAGGGAAGAAGGAAGAAAUUGCAGAUCAAAAGAAUUCAAAACUCAGAUGGUUCAUGGAUUAAUGAUGAAGAUCAAAUGGCAGAUGAGGCUGUGCACUUUUACUCUCAACAAUUUGCACAAGAAGAGUUAAUUGGAGAUGAAAUUUUUUUGUCACUCAUUCCUAUUUUGAUUGACCAAGACAGAAAUGAUCUUCUUUGUCAAAUGCCUAGUGUUGAUGAAGUCAAAAAAGCUGUUUUCAACCUUAGUGGAGCAAGUGCUAGUGGACCUGAUGGUUUUCCUGGAGUGUUCUACCAGACACGUUGGGACAUAAUUGGCUUGGAUGUAUACAAGAUGGUGGUGACUUUCUUUCAGGGUCAUACUCUUCCAAAAUCAGUCACUCACACAAAUCUUGUGUUACUACCAAAGUAG